AGGAGACUGGUGUGCCGCCCUGGAGCUCCCUGUGAUCAGUCUGAGCCUCCACACUCAGAACUCAGCAAUGGUCAGGAGGCGGGGCACAGACCUCCCAGGUUCUCGGAGGUAGCAGGGAUCCUCACCCAGGAGCUGUCAGCCCAGGCCCUGCCUCCCCAGAGACAGCACUCGGAGCCUCAUCUUUCUCUGCACUCUGCUUGGACCCUGCCACAGGUUGCUGGGGCCGUUUGGGCUUUGGGGGACCCUGGACCAGGCCCUGGCCCUGGCCCAGUAGGAUGCCCCCGUGUCCUCCUCAGCAGAGCAGGAAUAGGGUGACACAGCUGCCCACCCCGGAGCUGGGCGAGAUGGAACUGACUUGGCAAGAGAUCAUGUCCAUCACUGAGCUGCAGGGCCUAAAUGCUCCAAGCGAACCAUCAUUUGAGCCCUCAGCCCCAGCCCCGUACCCUGGACCCCCGCCACCUCCAACUUAUUGUCCCUGCUCAAUCCAUCCAGAUGCUGGUUUCUCCCUUCCUCCACCACCUUAUGAGCUCCCAGUAACCUCAGCUCAUGUCCCAGACUCUCCAUACUCUUAUGGUAACAUUGCCAUACCAGUCUCCAAGCCACUGACUCUCUCAGGUCUCCUCAGUGAGCCCCUCCCAGACCCCUUAGCCCUCCUGGAUAUUGGGCUACCAGCCGGGCCACCCAAGCCCCAAGAAGACCCAGAAUCCGACUCAGGAUUAUCCCUCAACUAUAGUGAUGCUGAAUCUCUUGAGCUGGAGGGGACAGAGGCUGGUCGGCGGCGCAGCGAGUAUAUAGAGAUGUACCCGGUGGAGUACCCCUACUCGCUAAUGCCUAACUCCUUGGCCCACCCCAACUAUGCCUUGCCACCUGCUGAGACCCCCUUAGCCUUACAGCCCUCCUCAGGCCCUGUGCGGUCCAAGCCCACUGCACGGGGAGAGGCAGGGAGUCGGGAUGAGCGUCGGGCCCUGGCCAUGAAGAUCCCCUUCCCCACGGACAAGAUUGUCAACUUGCCAGUAGAUGACUUUAAUGAGCUGUUGGCACGGUACCCGCUAACAGAAAGUCAGCUGGCACUAGUCCGGGACAUUCGACGUAGGGGCAAGAACAAGGUGGCUGCCCAGAACUGUCGCAAGAGGAAGCUGGAGACAAUCGUGCAGCUGGAGCGGGAACUGGAGAGACUCAGCAGCGAGCGGGAGCGGCUACUCAGGGCCCGAGGGGAGGCCGACCGGACCCUAGAGGUGAUGCGCCAACAGCUGACCGAGCUGUACUGUGACAUUUUCCAGCACCUGCGCGAUGAAGCUGGCAACAACUACUCUCCUGAAGAGUAUGUGUUGCAACAGGCUGCUGAUGGGGCCAUAUUCCUGGUGCCCAGGGGGACCAAGAUUGAGACCACAGACUGAGCGGACCCAGCAGGUUGGUCCUGGUGAUGAUUUCCUUCAUUCCCUUUUGAUAAAGAUGUUCCUGGACCCUGAGGCCCCUAAGGGGACUACAUGAAAAACCUGACAUUUGUUGGGUCAAGGUGUGUUUAACGAGGCUUGCCUUGAGGCAAAUAGGUGAGGGAAGGCUGCAAUCUGAUUCAGUUUCCCAGGUCUCCAAUCUCCACAUUGUUUGAGCUUUGGUAUAUAAAGCCCUCCACAGAAAAAGCUUUCCAUUGUGUCUUCCUUCUGUUAGUGUGUAUACAAACAUACACUUUUCUUUUUUGACAUAAUUUUCUUGAAACAGAGUAAUUUUCAGAUGCCACAUCAAAGUUCAAACUUCCUUGUUACCACACUUCCAUUAUCUUUGAAGUUGUGCGGUUCCCAAUCUUCUCUGGAACUACAUUACUCAAACUAUUUGGGGUGUUUUGCUUCUAUGUAUAUGUAUACUUCUAUUCGACUUUACCAGCUCCAUUCCAAUAGGGAAACUUUACUUUCAGGUUCAGUUAACACACUACAGUUUUGACAAAAACAGUGAUGUAGAGAUGUGGAAUCUGCAUACCUAUACAUUUUUGAAAAACAUGGUUUCCUGCCCAGGUUUAGGGAAUUUAAAAUAACUUAAGGCGCUCACAAAAGUAACUCAGAAGCAAAAUUAGACCUUUAGAAGCACCUAAGUUCUGCAGGGGAGACUACAUGCCUAAAGCAGAAGGUGGAACAUGGUUUUGGAGUGUGAACUAGGAUGAGUCAGUUUUCAUGAACUUGAACAGGGAAUCUCUUCCUUGAAUCUACUUCUUGUAAAUUGUAUCUGUAAAGCACCCCUCAAUGUACAGAAUGUAAAAAUGUGUUAAGGUUUUCAGUAAGAGUGCUUUUAAC